UGCAAAUAAUGGUGUCACGAUCCCGCAGCCUCCUCCACAUUCGUCCUGGACACCAAUAUUCCAAGCCAGUCCAGGCGCGCCACACACGGGCGAGAGCGCCACGACUCCACCUCAAGCCCAGCCUUCCCCAUACAUAAACACAGACACAUCUCACCGUUACAAACAUGUCGACGCGUUAAGAUCAUAAUGACAUGCUAUUAUCCUGAUGGCCAACCCGGCGAAGGUCUGAUUCCUUGCAACACCACUGCUGCAGUCUCGCACUGCUGCCGUGCUGGAGAUCUUUGUGUCAAGAACGGGUACUGUUUCUCUACCGGAUUGAGCGCGCUGGUCCGGCGAGGCUGCACUGAUCAAAAAUUCAACGGCACUGUAGGUUGUCCCCAACAGUGCACGAUCGGCGACAAGUUUCGUGGAGAUGUGGUAUUGACGCCCUGCGAUGCGCCCUACAUUUUUGCUUGUGGAACGGACCAGGCAGCACGCAAUUCCUGCACUUCAGGAAACGGUUCCUUCAGCAUUCAAGCCGGGUCUGCGGGGGCAUUAAUCGGCACCAGCCCUGACGCUCCUUCGAUUACCAUAAGCUCGACUAUAACCGCUACUGCGACAUCGACUAUAACCGCUACUAAUUGUGGAUCGGAGAAAACUACAAUCAUAGGUGUAGGUGCUGGGUUGGGCGUUGGGUUUGGAAUAGCAGCGAUAGCGGCGGCUGUAUUCUUUUGGCAAUGGCGAAGGGCUGAGAGAGAAAUUAUGAGGCGGAGGAGGCAGUUUGAGGAUCCGGCGAAUAGCAAUGAAUUGUGAGUACCGUCAAAGGAAAUUUUCUCGCUCACUGCUUAUGAGACGAACAGGAACGGGAGAGGGGAGAGACAUUAAACCGUUGUUCGCGGGGGAAACGAUUAUGGUGGGAACGAUGGAAUCUCAUCUUGAGCUGUGAGGUGCAAUUGCACCUGAGAUUACCAAAAGCGAUUCAAUAGAUCGGCCCAGACCGA